AUGAAGGCUGCCGUCAGCAGCAAUAGUCGGCUUGCGCGUUGCGCAGAAGCGCGGCGUGACGAAAGGCAGGAGACGACGAAACGCAUUAGAUCUACCCCGCGCAUAACGCCUCCCCCACCAUUCUCCCACUCUCUUUCUCCCCUCUUCCAUCCCUCCCCCGUCUCCUCUCCCCUAGGAGGACGCGGUGCUGCUGCGCCAUGCGCUGCGCGCGAGCACGAAGCAGAGGACGCGGUGUUGCUGCGCCAUGCCCUGAGGGCGGGCACGAAGCAGUGGGGCGCGUUAGAGAAGAGCGGGCGCCUGCCUCUGCGCGACAACAAGGCGUGCUGCAACCGCUUCAUCUUCCUCAAAAAAAAAUUCGUGGAGAUUCACCGGAAAUGGCACCAAUCUUCAGCCACCCCUGACCCACAGUUCUGGGCGCAAGUGCAACAGGGGGAGCAGGGAGGAGGGGGAGGGGGAGGGGAAGGGGCAGGAGGAGGGGGAGGGGCAGGAGGCAAAGCUUUUCGGAAGAGCAGCGGAGACGGAACAACGGGCGGCAGCAGCAGCACGGGCAGGGGAACGGGCAGAGGAACGGGCAGAGGAACGGGCAGAGGAACGGGCAGAGGAAGCCCUCCUUAUGAUCUUGGUUCUAAGCGUGCGGGCAGCAGCACGAGGGAAGGGAAAAAGGCAGCGAGCGGGCAGGAGCCAAUGACGGAGGAAGGCAGGGAGGAGGGCGAGGAGGAGGAGGAGGAGGAGGAGGGAGAGAAAGCGGGCACGAGUCAAAGCCGGAAAUUAAAGAAAUCUUCAAAGGAACCGCAAUCUGGGAGAGCUGCUGCUGCUGCUGCUGCUGCUGCAGGAGGAGGAGCAAGCAGUGUCGCUCAUUCUGCUGCUCUUUGCAUUCAACUCUCUCUGCUUUGCUCGCUCGCCAUUCUCCAUCUCCCCAUCUUUGCCCUCCCGUUGUGGCAGGAAGAACCGCAUUUUGGGAGAGCUGCUGCUGCUGCGAGAUUUCAUUGA